ACAAAGCUGUCAGUUUCUCUCUGUCUAUUUCUGGAUCCACAUGGUAUCACUCUUCACGUAUUAAACGCACGUACCACUUGUGAUCUGUUCCGACUAACGAACUUUCUCAUUUCAUCCAAUCGAAAAGUAUUGAGAUUGUAAAGUGACCGUUCAACAUGUCUGGAUUAGCAUGGAUCUUGGUCGUUUUCGGUCUGGUUGCGUUUGCCCAAACAGGUUCAGCUCUACAAUGUUGGGAUUGUGCUUCCAACACGAACACUCUGUGCGGUGAUCCACUGAAUAUCACGCAACACCAAGUUACCUUCCACACAAAACUUUGCGAAGCUGGUUCUUACGAAACGUCGAAACAUAUAUGCCGGAAAAUUGUGAAAAGAGACAACGGCGAACGAGUAGUAAUUCGUCAAUGUUCUACUCCAAACGUGGACGAAGCAGACAUCGUGGAUGGUCCGUGCAGCGCCACGGCGAUGUCAGGUCGGAGCGUAAUCGAGUCCUGCCAUAUUUGUAGCACAGACCUCUGCAAUUCCGCGACGAGUGUAUCGGUUAUGCAACCGCUUUUCGUCACCGCGCUGGCCAUUGUUGGCUAUUGUUUCCUUCCGUCGAAACACAGCGUCCUUUAACGCGGCAAAACUCUAACGCGAGCAUUUUUAUUCUGAAUUAACGAUCAUCCGAUUUAAACACCAUUGCGAAUAAAUGUUCAGACACGAUUAGUAUGUAUUUAGCAAAUAAAUUUUACCGUCUUCUUUUUUUGCUAGUUCCUUCAAAUAACCGUCUACUAGUUAAUUUUAAGCUGCCGUUUUGAAAAGACAAAGCAGUUUCAAGUUUUGUUACCGCAAUAUUGCGCUGUAUUAGAGCGAUUUUACAUGUUCGGGAGAAGCUCGUUAAUUGUAUUAUAGUUAGAGAUACCUCGUUAGUUGUGUACUAAUUAGAACGGUCGACACACGUGUAUUGCAAUAAUUGCGUAACCGUACUGAAAGCUUUACUUAAUCCGAUCGUGCAUCCAACGAUGUACGAUAUUUUCGUAAAAAACAGAAAAACUCUUAUUUUUGUACAAUGUAUGUAUAUAGAUUUAACAUGUGUGACGUGGUUAUGUAAUAAAGAAUUCUUAUCUCGACUUAGUUUGCAAUUAUAAAAAUUGCGGCUCGUCGCGUUCUCGCUAAGGCUUUCACGCUACCAUAUGUCAAAUUCCUUAAACAAUCGAAUAAUCGACGUGCGUUUAAUAUUUGCACGUUACUGUAGAUAAACAUUCUCUUGCGUCUUAACACACUAUCUCCGUCUAAAUUUCUUCUUUGUUAGAUUCUUAAAUUUCGUAUUAGUUAUAACAAAACUUUAGGAUUUUUAGGGGAAAAAAAUAUGGAAAAUGUAGCUUAUCAGGUAUCCGUCCAAUGUAUAGAAUAAUGCAGAGCUUUUUAGCAAACAUUUUAUUAUUUUUCAUUUCCUAAAUAUUGAUGUUCUGUCAAAUUUUGAAAUUAGGUUUACAAUUAGCUUUAAUCGUGGACAAAUUCGAAUCUGUAAAGUGAUUAAAUCUUUGCUUGAACUUUCGGUUGUACAUUUGCUUUGUAUUUAUCGUAAGGUAUUUUCAUUAAUUUGUCCAUUUUUCAACUGUAACCUUAGCAACAGCAUAACGAAUUGUAUUUUUUAACGGCGCAUUAUUUUACUCUCCCAUAAGAGGUAACAGA